AAACCUACCAGAAGCGAUGUGGACGACGUCUGUAAACACAUGUGUUUGGUCACCGGCUCUAUUUUGUCUGUAGAAAACUCUGGUGCCUCUUUGAAUGUGACUGUUUUGUUAAACAGAACAAACUUUCGGAUUCGUUUACAGCACUGUAGGCUACCAACAGUCAACCAAACACAAAUUGGAGAUGAAUUAGUCUAUUAUGAGUGAAGUAAUUGGAGGCUGUAUCAAUUAUGAACUAUAUUUUAUAAUGUAAUACAUCUAGCAAACCGUGCCACUGCAGUUGUGAAUAGCCUUAUUAUUUCACCAGACUGACCCGAUCAAAAGUGUUAGACGAUGUCGCGAACCGGCACCAAAACGGACCAGGACAACGCCCAUAUUUUAGCGGAUUACAAUAUAAUCACCUCAGCUGGUGCGCUGCUCCCUGUGGACCAGAAUACUAAACAAAGUAGCAUAGCCUAGCUAGCUGCUGCUCUGCUAGUGUACUGCAAUGUUUCAAUGCAUUAUCCAAGUCCAAAGUGACAGAUAUUCACCUGUACGUUAUUUAUAUUGUCUUCGUAUUUUACCAGUGUUAUUCUACGAGGAAUGUUUUGUUUUCACUCAUCGGCACUUUCCGGAAUGUGUGCCGAAGCUCGUUUUUGUUCGCUCUUCUGCCUCAUCUUCUAUUAUUGUCACUCCACCUCUCCCCAGACUGCUUUAUGUCUGGCUGUUCCGAGUCGUCAACACGCAUGCGCCAUCGCCAUGUUGGCAAGCACUCCUCCCCCUUUAGUCUCGUCACAGGCACAGACAGCAGGCAACAUUACAAGAAGGUGGCCAGUGCUCAGACCCUGGGAGAGUGAGACAGCAAACGUUGGACUAUAACAAAGAGGGGACGAAAUGGAAUAAAUAGUGACUUCACAAUCAAAACGGACACUUUCUUCAUAUCCACCCUGCCAAGGACUGAUUCAUUAUUUCAAUGUCUUCUACGCAGUAUGUCAAUUAAUAUGACUCAACAGAGCCAGACAAUGAUGGAGACUCUGCAGGAGACUCACCAAGCCCAAGAAAAAUGGCGCACCCAGCAAUUGUUCCUAGAAGGGGUAACGUUUGUAAUCCAAGCAGCGGAACCACGUCUGCGUUGUCAACUGUUACUUGUUCUACCCUUAGUAACAACCCUCUGCCGGCUGAUGAAUAUCACUCCGUGAUUCAGCCUCACCCAUUACCUGUGUCUUCCACUCCCGGAUCUCAGCAACCUCCCCACAGUCUCAACAUUCACCCCCAGUCUACUGUGCAACCUCAGAUUCUGCCAUCAUCCGGAGCACAGAUGAUGAAGAAGAAAAGUGGUUUUCAGAUCACCAGUGUGACACCUGCUCAAAUCUCUGUCAGCACCAACAACAGUAUAACUGAGGACACUGAAAGCUGCGACGACUUGGAUGAGUCUCACACGGAGGAUUUGUCCUCCUCUGAGAUCCUGGAUGUAUCUCUUUCCCGAACUAAUGAUAAGGGAGCUCCGGAGAGGAGCUCUUCAGAGGAAACGCUCAACAAUUUCCACGAGGCAGAAACCCCAGGAGCUGUGUCUCCUAACCAACCCCCACUCCAUCACUCCUUGACCCAGACUCAUCCACAGGGUACAUUGAUGAAUGGAACUGUCCAUCACCACCACCACCACCAGGAUGCUCAUUAUCAUCACCACUACCAGCAUAUCCAUGCCAACGCAGCCUCAUCAGCCUCCAUCAUCAGUGCCCAGUCAGGCUUCCCUGCUGUGGCUGCCGUGUCCACUGCUGUCACCUCCAGCUCUGGAGCUUUACCAAGUGUUGCCCAGAAAAUGCCUUCGAAUGUUGGAGGCAUCCUUGAAAAUGCCUCUGCCAGCGCCACUGGUGUGAUGGGUCAGCGUUCAGCUGCAUCUGCAUCUGUCACAGGAGCUAUUGCUGGAGCAUUCUCUGCUGUCUCAGGUGCCCCGAUUUGUAAUGUCAGUUCGAACAAUGUUAAUCAUGUCAGUACGUUGAGUUCAGCCUGUGUGCCUGUUGUCGGGGGUAUCAGCGCCAGCACCAGCACUAGCAAUGUAGUCUUUUCCACUGGUUUGAUGAACAGUAGCAGCAACCAAAAUGUGAACUUGAUCCAGCAGCAGCAUCAACAUUGUGGAAUGACUGGGGCAGGUGCCCAUGGUGUUUUGGGGCGGAGUAACAGUGGCCUUACAGGAGUGUCUGGAGCCGUGCAGCCCGUGACCACAGGAACCCCAGUCCCUGUCUCUCACACCCAGCAGCAGCAGCAGCCAGCUCCAGCAGCGACAAGUUCACGUUUCAGGGUAGUCAAGCUAGACUCUAAUUCCGAGCCGUUCAAGAAGGGGAGAUGGACAUGCACUGAGUAUUAUGAUAAAGAGACCACUUCAUCCACCUUUGCCUCUGCUUCUGCGGCCUCCAUGGUCCCAUUAGAGAAUCCCAUCAACCAUUCAGUGGAGACUGUGCGUCAGUUUGUGUCUGAGAAUGCCACUGUGGCAGGCUCCGAGCGUGACGAUGUGAGCUUGAGCAGCAGCUCUGUCAGCAGCUCUGUGAGCACCCUGAGCCACUACUCAGAGAGUGUGGGCAGUGGAGAGGUGGGGGGUCACUCUGUCUUACACCAGACGUUCCAGCAGCAGCAGCAGCAGCAGCAGCAGCAGCCACAAGACUACACCUCUGUGGCUCCCCUGUGUGUGCAAGGCUCAGUCCCCCACCAUCUGAAGAACAGCAUGGCUCCCUCUCCUCCAGUCAGCAUGCAGCCGCAGCAGCAGCAGCAGCAGACAGCAACCCAUUUAGGAACCCUGUCCACAUCCAUGGGGCCCUCUUCGGCAGUGUCCCAACAGCACCAGUUGUCGUAUGUCCAGACACCCCCCCUAGCUCAGUACGUGCCUGGAGUCAGCCAGCAGCACACGGGGUACUCAUCUGCGCAGCAGUCAGCCCCACCAGUCCAGGUGGCACAGGCACACGCU